AUGUACCUGCUAGAGGACAAGCUUCCAAUUGGUAGGCAUCUAGAUCCAGAGAUCAUCGAUAGUAUGAGUGUUAUGGAAGUUUCACUAAAUUCUGACUGCUCUCAUGCACGACUGAAGGUCUGCAUCGCAGGGGACUCCUUCCAACAGCGACAGGGGUUUUCAUGGUUGGCAAAGAACAACAAACUGCUGCGCUACCGGUUAGCUCAGCUGCUGCGACAUAGGAAGAAUGUACCAACGAUAGCGUUCGAGAGCCAUAACCUGAUACAGCAGGCCGAGGUGCUAAUGAAGAUGAACGAACACAUUAUGCGUCGUAACCCACGUAUGCAUAUUGACGGGGAUGACGAAAAAGGAUCCGAUGGUAAGGGCGAUGCUGGAAGUGGCGUACCGCAAGGCCUGUUACUGGUCUAG